CCAAUGCCUGGUCCACCUCAACACAUGUACGUUGGCCAGAAUGGAACAAGUCUAGUCCCGUCCCAGCCCAUUGGAUACGGUUUCCAGCCUCAGUUCAUCCCAGGGAUGCGUCCAGGUUCUGGUCCUGGAAAUUUCAUCAUGCCGUAUCCGCUUCAGAGAGGACAAAUUCAGACCGGUCCUCGUAUGGGAUUCAGGAGAGGUGCAACUAACAUGCAGCACCACAUCCCACAACAACAACAACUUAUGCACCCUAACCCGACCCCGGGAAUGAGAUAUAUGAACGGGGCAAGUAACGGGAGGAACGGAAUGGAUACGAGUGUUCCGCAAGGUAUAUUGCCUCCAAUCAUGCCUUUGCCAAGAGAUGCUUCUUCAAUAUCUCAUCAGAAAGCUCCUCUCCUUCCAAUCUCUAAGCUCACUUCUUCCUUAGCUUCUGCUAGUCCAGCUGAUCGUACUCGGAUGCUUGGAGAGCAACUUUACCCACUUGUGGAAAGGCAUGAACCACUUCACGUGGCUAAAGUCACAGGAAUGUUGUUGGAGAUGGAUCAAGCUGAGAUCCUGCACUUGAUGGAGUCACCAGAGGCACUCAAGUCUAAAGUAUCUGAGGCUUUGGAUGUUCUCAGGCUAUCUGUUGAUCAACCUGAUCAUGAUCUUGGUUUCUCUACCACCGACUGAAACUUGCAAUGCUUUUGCUGAACUCUGCUUUUUCUUUAGUUUUGUUAUCGAGUCUUUCUUCACUUUAUUUUUUUAGCAUUUUUAUUGUUUAACUUAGUUUAUGUUUUUUUUGUGUGUCUUUUAACUUAGUUUAUGGAGUUUCUUAAUAAUCUGCAAUUAGCCGAGAUUAGUCGUUAUAGAAAUCUGAGUGAACUUUUAAUUUGAAUUCCUAAUUAAAUUGUUAAAACCAACGACCUCCGAAA